AGGCUCGAAUUGAGGGUCGCGUUCACUCCUCUAGAGGAGAAAGGGGAAAAGUACUCCCUCACUGCCAUCUCACCACAUCGUUGAGCACGUCCACCAAAACCGUCCUUUCGAAAAAGAAAGCUGCAAAAUAUCAAUUCAGAAGCCAAAAAUAAAAGAAGAGUUUUUUGUCAAGGAAGGACAAAUGUUCCGCGCCUCCUUGACCCUUUCUCCCGCCACCGACGCGGGCCACCGCGCGGCCCAACUGCGCAGCACACCUGCACACGCGCCUCCUCCCUCUCCCUCUGUAGAGUUGCUCCGUGAUGUCUACGUGUGUGCUUCGAGUCCUGCGGUGACGGAGGAGUGGGAGGGCUGGCCGCACGCACCGUCCGCGGUCACGUCGCUUGCAUCGCUCCUGCGUGUCUACAACGCCGGUCCGAUGCAGGUAGGCGGCACCGCGGUGCAAGUUUUAGCCAUUGGCGCGCACUGCGGCCUCUCCUGCGAGGCGAAGGCGAUGGUGGCCGGAGCCGUUGUGGCGGCCCUGCGUGCACACCUCUCAACGCUUUUACGAGGUCACUGCGUGAAGGACGGAGAUGAAGGGCCGAGGAGCGGCAGGACAGCCGCAGCACCGUUGACGCUGCGAGAGACGCUGCGGAAGUGCUGUCGCUUCUCGGCUAGCUCGUCGUCGCCUUCGACAAGGCCAGCGACAAGCACCAAUGAUGAUGGUGAUGCGUGUGAAGGUGCAAACGAAGGCGGAACGUGGCGUGUAACGUGGUCAUCGGAGCUACUCACACGUGUGGCAUCUUCCUUGGCGCAGCACAGCAUGGAAGAUGCCACCACCCUGACGGUUUGUCAGUGCAGGAGUGUGCUGAGCACGUCGGUUGAAGUCGGUGUGCGAGCCCGUCUGCAACGCGACGACCAACGCGCCUCCUCCGGCUGCUCGGAUUUGGCAGGGGCCUUCCCCGACACGUUGCGCUGCCCCACGCAACAAGACAAGAGCAGCGGCAGCAGUAGUGGUAGAAAGGGCACUGACUUGUGUGACACCAUGCUCGUACAGCUGAGGAGCUGCGCACCGGUCCGCACGCACCCUCUCAGCGUUCGGCACGCCAUACACCUCGGCUGUCUGCUGUACCGCUCGCAUGUCUGCUCUGCGCAGGAGCACGCAGAGGACGGCACGGAGGCCUUCAAGGAGGUGUUGAUGCUGGCGGAAGCAAUGCGCCAUCGCCGCAGCAACAACUGCAGCAAAAAAGGAAACGAAGAAGACAUUGGCUUGACACGGCUCUGGCAGCGCGCUCUCACGUCGUACCACGACAGCGCAGCGGCGGCGCAGGACGGAGUAUUAUUCCUCCUCACGCACAACAUCGCGGUGCACGGCGGGGCACCCCUCAUUCCGCUGCGCGCCGCCGAAGAAGACGCGUUCGUGCAGGUGGCGGUAGCGGCCCAGCAGGCGCAGAGCCAUGCGGAGCUCGGUGGGACGGUGGCUGUGGGGGAGGCGGUGCUGGCCUCGAUGCGCCUCCGCGGCAGCAGCGGUGCCUACUUCAACCACGUCUUGCUGACGCAGCAGUGGGACACGUCUCUGUGCGAAGGGCAGAGCGCCGUCAUGCAGACGGUGAAGGCGGUGGAGGGCGGUGAUGCGACCCUGGCGCCCGCACGUGCGGCACUGCGAUGGCGUACGUUCCUGGGUAGCCGGCAGGAUAGGCAGCCGCACGCCGGGGUGGGGGCCGAUGCAGCGUUCAAUGUUGCCACCACCCUGCAGCCAACACCGCUUCAGUGGAUCCUUUACACCCUGCGCCGACAGCUCAUCGUGGCCGUCGCGAACACCGCGCAGGUGAUGCUGACUGGUCAGCGCUUGCAUCUCGAUGGCACUUCUUCCUCUUCCUUUUCUUUGUCAUCGAAUCCACCUACCCCGCCGUUGUCCGUCUCGUGUCUGCGGGCACACGCAACGAGCUGCGUCAAGGCACAGGCGCUGCUGCGAGGACUCAUCCGGUGGCACUGCCCCUACCCAGUCCCGUUGCCGCUCCUGCAUCACCACAACAGCCGCAACGGCAAGGUCAUCGCGUCCGCUACAGACGUGGUGCAGCAAGACGCAGCCGAGGAGCUGCUUUGGUGCCUCCGUCUAAUGGCGAAGCUGCACUUCCGCGCCGCAGCCUUGUACGGCGCUGCGGGCGAUGUCUCCCGUCAGCAGGAACAGCUGCGCCGGUGGCAGGACCAGCUGCAGCGGUGGAACAGUCGCCGCGCUGCGCACUUACCGGAAGGGCGCGAGGAGACGAGCAGGGGUGACACGGCGGUGUCGUGGAGCACGUCGGUCGAGGACGUCGCGGGUCACGUGGAGGCGGCGGCGUGGGCGGUGUUCGCGAAGGAGGCCUCUACGGGCCUGCCGGUGGCUCGGUGA